GGGGCCGGCAAGAAACUGCCAAACUGGUAGUGGUAGCACCACCGCCGCAGGCACAAGCGCAACCGCGCAAGCAUGGCGUCGAGUUCGAGCCUGGAUUUGGCGAUGACCUCCGGCGUUCUCCUCCACCGCCGCGCGCUCCCACACGCCUCCUUCAUCCCGGGAAGGGGAAGGAGCGCGAGCGGGAAGAGGAGCAGGAAUCUGGCUCUCUCCGCCUCCUCCUCCAAUGGUGCAGCAGUCCCAUCUCUGACAAGUGACUCAGAUAAGAAGGGCCCUGUGAUCAUGGAAAUUCCACUGGACAAGAUCCGAAGGCCACUGAUGCGAACGCGUGCCAAUGAUCCAGUCAAGGUGCAAGAGCUCAUGGACAGUAUCCGUGUCAUCGGCCUCCAAGUACCUAUUGAUGUGCUAGAGGUUGAUGGGGUCUACUAUGGCUUCUCUGGAUGCCACCGCUACGAGGCACACCAGCGCCUUGGUCUCCCGACCAUCCGCUGCAAAGUCCGUCGAGGGACGAAAGAAACACUGAGGCAUCAUAUGCGUUGAGUUGGAUGUUAUUGACUAAAUCAGAAGUUAUCUGUGUAUCUAGAGCUAGAUCAAGACCUUCCCUGUUCCUUUUCAUCAUCUGUAAAUUGUAAUCCUCCGUACCUGUACAUGUUGCCGAAACAGAUUGGUGAAUACUACUGAACUCAACAGCAUGAGAAAAUAUUAACUCUUGCCUACAACAUUCUUUUUCGAAA